AUGGACCGACAUGGAAGCUUCAAUAGCCGCCGGGACGUCUCAGAGAGACCACCUCCCCGCGGCGAGCCCCCACACCCUCCAUCGUCGUCGCGGCCCCAGCGCGCCCAGACAUCGCAGCAGACGCCGUUGCGGAGGACCCCCCGCAGGCGACAACGCCGCCCGUACGCCCCGCCACUUGACCGCCGCUACCCGGCUGCCGUUUCUCCUCAACCACCAGCCCAGCCGAGAGAGCCGGCCGCCUCGCCUCAGAGCCGCUACCGGGAUGUGGCCACCUGGACGAGCCAGGAUGGAGUGGACCCCCCGGUGGCGUACGUCUCAUCGAGGCCCUGGCGCCGGCAGGAGAGGGCCCGCGUUGGGACGCCUCCGGCCCGCCUGUACCGCCUUUUCCAGGGCAGGACGGUGGCGGACGCGGACCGGAGGGCGAACGGGGCCUGCCUUCCGGUGCCCACAGGAACGCGGCUAUGUCCGUGCGGCGCCGUAAUGGUGCACGAUUCUCAUGCGCAGAGUAAGCUGCACCGGCGCCGCACGGGACACACCCAGCCACCGAGCCGCGAAGCCUCUGAGGAACGCCCCAGCGAGGCGGCCAGGGCCAUGCUGGCGCGGGCGGCCCGGGAGGCGGACUUCGCUCAGUGGCUACUAACUAUAGCCACUGGCCAUGCGGCCAGAGCGGGUCCACCUGAGGGGCUGCCGGCGGAGGCCGGGACGGCAGCGGCAACGGCGACGGAGGCCGGGACGGCAGCGGCAACGGCGACGGAGGCCGGGACGGCAGCGGCAACGGCGACGGAGGCCAGGACGGCGGCGGCAACGGCAACGGCGGAGGACACGACCGUGGCCGCGCUAGGGGCUGCGGCGACACCACUGGGGGCACCGGCGGCACCCACGGCAGAGCCGCCAGGGCAGGAGGGCAUGGACGUGGACCACGCCCUCCUUGCCUUCCUCGAUGACGAAUAA